AUGGGACAGCUGUCGAAGUCUUCCGAGGGCACGCCAUCAGAAAGUCAAGGCUACAGCUUCCACUCUGACUCGUCAAGCGUUGACACUCUUGUGCAAAGGCACGAGAAUCGACAGUUUCUGCUGCAAAGACUGUCUGUAUUGCGGCAGCAGGUUCGGAACCUUGAACAAGAAGUUUCUGACAUUGAAAGUGUGGUGCAUGGGCUCCCCUAUGUGCCGGCCCAAUCGGCUGACACAUACCGCCGAGACGCAGCUUUGCCGCAUUUCCAUGUGGCAGCCACAGCAGGUGCAGGAGGCAUUGCUUUGCCCUUGGCCGUUGGCAUCGUGCACCCACUGGACACGGUUCGGACCACCAUGCAAGCUGCUGCCUCUAGCGGAGGUUUCUCUCACUCGCUGCAGAGUCUCGGGUGGCGUGGCCUAAGUCGCGGUUUCCUCCUCAGCCUUGCCUGGGCAUGUCCGCAAGGCGCCAUACGCAUGGCCAGCUACGAAGCCUGCAAGGAGACACUGUUGGACAAAUUUUAUUUCAGACCGUUUGGGAUAGCGGUCUCUGCUGUAGCGGCCGACUUUGCGAGCAGUGUGGUCAAAGUGCCUCGGGAACUGAUAACGCAACGAAUGCAAACAGGUCAGUACAAGUCCAGCUGGAAAGCAGUGCACAGCAUCUUCCGAGAGGAUGGCCUCACAGGAUUUUUUCGGGGGUAUGCUUCUACUGCCUCUCGUGACACUCCUUUUAUGCUGCUUCUCUUCCUUUCCUACGAGCAGUUCAAGUCCUGGAAGAUUCGCUUGACCUUCUCGCAGCAGGGCCCAGCUGAGAUUUUCGCUCCAUGGUCAGAUGCAGAGACCGUGCUUUGGGGGGGCGUCUCUGGUACUUUGGCAGCUUGGUUGACGACUCCCUUCGACGUCAUCAAAACACGGAUCAUGACUUCUAAGACUUCCCUCUCCUUCCAGGAGGCCGUGAAAGGGACAAACGGGCUCGCUGGGCUCUUUCGGGGAGCCGCUCCUCGGAGUGCUUGGUGGUUCUGUGUCAGCUCCGUGUUCUUUGCAAGCUACGAGCGGCUUCGGGCUGUUCUCCAGCAGCACGUGGAGAUCAUUUGUGGUGAGCCACAGCUGAAUGCAGACAUGAUCGAGAACUGCAGCCCCAACGAGAUAGCAGUGCUGAGCCGCGCCUGGCGUCUCGACUUCGGGGUACCAUCGCCACGACGACUGGCGCAAAGGUCGGAGAAUCGAGAGCACCUACAGGAGAGACAGCACUACGUUGGUGGCCGUGAACACAUGUACAUGUUAGACGGCUACGUUGCGGCUGUAGACGAGGAGUUUGAGAAUCGCCGACACAACGUAACACCGCCCUAUGGACAACGACCUGCACCGCGAGAAGCGUGGCCGGACGACCACCGCUAUCAUCGGCAAGAGCAGAGGCCGGUGGUGGUUCGAAGCGACUGGAGUGAGAAGGACACGGUGGUGGCGAGGUCCCUCGAUCUGCCGAAAAAGCCGUGCCGGACGAAGGCUAAGAUGAACUUCCCGGCACUACGUGAUUAUGACUACGAGCUUUCAGGAACAACAGCCGCGAAAGGACAGUGGCAGGGCUGCAACCGUGAGUGCGACACUGUGGUCGUUCCAGAGGAGCUGCGGUUCAAGACGGCCAAGCAAGACGAGAUCAUCACUAGCGUAGCAAGAGAUGUGGAGAUCGCGCUAGCACCGUUAGAGAGACGCAGGGAUACUUGGUGCGUCCAACGGCAGGAGGCCUCCUCUGCCAGCGCUAUUUCGGUGGCUUUGGAUGGGUCUGCUGUUUUCGUGGUGGAUAGCGGUGGCCUCAGACGCUUCGACCUGCCAGACCUGCGGCUCACAGCCUCUGCGGCCUACACAGGCGAUGCAGCAGGUUACGCCGAUGUUGCGGCAGGCAUGGGCUUCGUUGUGUGUGCUGACGUGGAAGGGAACCUCUUUCGACAUGACGCAGUAACGUGUGUGCUACAGCUGCAGCGCACUUAUCAGCCGUCCGUCGUUGAGCACUCGAAGCGCCUGGUGGCAUCUCACCUGGAUCGUCUCAGCAACGCUGUGACCGGCCUCGAGGGAGGGUUCGGUGGAGCUUCCCGGCUGGCCAUUGGCGCAGAUGCUGUGUAUUUAGGAGGCCGAGAUGGUGUGGUGACGGCCUAUGUGCCAGGCUCGCUCACACUCCGAGCCCGCUGUCGGCUUCUGGAGGGGCCCAGCUGUGCCAUCAUUGGAGUUCGUGCCUUGUGCCUUUCGCCUUACAAGCGACUCUACUGUGCUGUCCAAUCCUCCGUGCAUGUACUAACGACUCCGGGCAUGAGCCAGGUAGCUCUCCUUCGGGGUGGCCCUCGGGUUCCUGUGUUCGGAAGCGUAAGUGCAGUCGCCGAGAGCCGCUCAGGGGAUUACGUCUUUGUGGCCGAUGUGGGUGGGCCGUCUAUCCACGUGUGGGGUACCCGCUCCUUCCGAUGGAUAGCCCGUGUGGAGCUGCAGCCAGGAGCUGAGACUGUUGGGAGCUCGGAUACGUGGCAGCCGGUCUUGCAUUUUGCCUGGUGGCACCCUGUCCAUGUUGAAUGGCUGAGGCAGUAUGUGGACUACAAAAUGUUAAAGAAGGUGCUGAAGCUUGAGCAGGACACGGCAGUGCGUGCCUUUUGCGACCUCCUGGAGUCGGAACUGACAAAGGUUCACGCCUUCGUGCAGAGGCAGCAGGAUGACAUUUGGAAGGUGGUUUGUGACGGUGUUGACAUUUUACCGACCAAUGCUCGGCAGAAUGCGCUUGUCAGUGUGAACACGGCUGAGACCAUGGUGGCUUCUAUCCAGAACUUCAAGAGCUAUGUUGAGCUAAACCGGACCGCGGUGAGGAAGAUCAUCAAGAAGUUCGACAAGCGCUUUCAUGUCCGCUUUCACGAAGUCAUCAGCAUCCCAGAUUCUCCGAACCUCAUGAUAGAUGCGAGUGCCAUUAGCACUUGGCUGCUUGCUCCAGCUCUGCAGUGUCUGAGGCUGAUCAAGACCUGGUCGGGAGGCCCGCAGCCCGGCGACUUCGUGGAGCGCCCGCUUCGGCAAUUCAGUUUCUGGGCAGAGGAGCUUCGAGCCGGAGCUGCAAUAGCGAGGUGCCAGAUUGCCGGUGGACCCUGUGCGACUCCGACAGACCUGCGACUCCAGUUGAUCUGUGGCCAGGACCUGCAAUGCCGGGUCAGGAAUACUUUUAUUCAUGUCUCGUCGAACAAGGGUGGCAGCCGUUUACGCUCUCACUCUCUUCCCUCUCGGCUGGCUCAGCGGGAAGAGGAGUUGAAUGAAGCACUUCCCCUACCACCAGAACUGCCAGUCAUCACGCUAGAGCAUGCCAUGUGCGACAGAUUCGAACUCCAGCCGAUCCCGCGUCAGCUCCCAGCAACGUGCGCGCUUGACUACGAGGAGCAGGAGACGGAGGCAGAUGAAAUCCAGCGGUGGGAGUAUUCAACAGGCACAUACUACCAGCACAACUUCUAUCAAGGUGCCGAUUUCGCAGUGGUGCCUGACUGCAAGGCAGCUGCGACGAUACUCUCUUCGCCGUCGACGAUGUCAGAGGUCAUGAUUACGACGAAGGACUCUUCGUCAACAUUGGAUCAUAGCCCCAAGGGCAAAGGACGUGGCAAGUCCUUGCAGAGCACCGCUUCGGGCUCCAGGUGGUGGAUGGAGUCUCCAGAGGUCUGUCCAAUUUGCCACUUCCCGAUUCGACUUCUGCCGUACCCUCCUUUCAAGCUGCAGGUGGCUGGGUGUGAUGCGCGUGAGCCAGCUAAGCUUGUUGAUGGUCCCUUCAUGGUGUUACAGGUGCUGAGCACUUGGAACUUUGAUGUUCUGGGCCAUGAGUUGACGGUUUCAGAUAUCAAGGCGCUGGACUCGUACAUGAAGCGCUGCAAGCUGGGCCCCUUCCGGCUGGGCCGGGCACUAGAGCUGCUCAGCGACCCGAGCCAUGAGGCAAGGGAAGAGCUGGAAUCCCUUCGCAGUAAAGCGCGAAGGCGCCUGGAGGGACUGAAGCACAUCCAGCGAGUCCGGAUGAAUCGAAUGGACAUGAACCCAGAUGAUGAAGGUGAGGAAACCAUUGCAAGCCCACCUGCUGUGACUGCUGAGACAAGUGUUCGGAAAAGUCGGGCCCCCCGGGGUCAGGCGUGGAGGCAUGGAGGAUCGGCCUAUCCUCAAGCGAAGAAUGCUGCACGAUCAUUUGGUCGUCGAUGA